CCUAGAUCGAAUACCUUCGUCUUCUUCUUCCUCCUACCUACUAAAGAAAUUACAGAAUGAGAACUCUGGAAUUAGCUUUAUCGCCACCUCCGGCAUCUUAUAUUCCUUCUUUCAAUCUUAUCUCCACCACACAAAGCGUCGGAAUUAAUGUGCAGACCAGCUUCGAUGUGCAGCUUCUCCUAAGGAGACCCAAACACCAAAACCCAGAACCCGUCGUCGUCCCUCAACCCCAGAUUCCGAUAGUCAGACCUCAAAUUCCAAUUCCUCGUUGCUCGACUACCGAUAUUCUCCGAAUCAUGGACUCUCUGUCUCUACCUGGUAACGAAGACCUAUACACUUGUCUUGCCAAGGAAUCAACCAGCGAACGCGAUCAGCGUGGAGCUUACGAACUAACAGUUCAUAUCAUGAAGUCAAGUGUAAGACCCAGAACGACGUUCCUCAACCGUCUUCUCCUGUUGCACGUGUCAUGUGGUCGUCUUGAUACGGCACGCCAGGUGUUCGAUAGAAUGCCUCACAGAGAUUUUCAUUCCUGGGCUAUCGUUAUCCUCGGCUAUAUUGAGAUGGGUGAUUUUGAAGAAGCUGCUUUGCUCUUUGUUUCUAUGUUGAAACACCAGAACGCUGCUUCCAAGAUCACGCCUUGGAUCAUGGGCUGCGUUCUAAAAGCGUCUGCUAUGAUCAGAGAUUUGGGUUUAGGGCAACAGUUACAUGGCUUCUGUCAGAAGCUAGGGUUUAUAGAGGAAGAAGACUCAUGUCUCUCCGGUUCCUUGAUACGCUUCUACGGGGAGUUCGGAUGCUUGGAAGACGCUAAUCUUGUGCUGCACCAGCUCUCCAAUGCUGACACCGUUGUUUGGGCAGCCAAGGUUAGUAACGACUACAGAGAAGGGGAAUUUCAACAGGUGAUCCGCGAUUUCAUAGAAAUGGGUAAGCACGGGGUCCAGAAGAAUGCUUUGGUAUUCUCUAGCGUUUUGAAAGCAAGCACAUGGGUCAGUGACGGUGGGAGAAGCGGUGGAGGAGUGCACGCAGAUGCUAUAAAGCUCGGGUUUGACUCGGAUUGUCUGAUCCGAUGUCGGUUAAUUGAAAUGUAUGGCAAGUAUGGGAAGGUGAAAGAUGCAGAGAAGGCGUUCAUGAGUAGAGAGGAUGACACGAAUGUUAGUUGCUGGAACGCUAUGGUUGCGGGUUAUAUGCAGAAUGGGUGUUAUAUUGAAGCCAUCAAGCUUCUCUAUCAAAUGAAAGCCCACCUUUAGAUAAAUAACAAACAUUAGAUAAAGAAAUUGACGAGUUUUUUUUUUUUUUUUUUUCAAACAAGAAAUUGACGAGCUUGAUAUGUAAAUAUAGCUUGUAUAUUAAUUGAAUAA